AUGUCUUCACAUCCAAAAGUACGCGGGAUAUGGGGCAUACUACGCAAGUACAUGCGCUUCAUAGGCCCCGGAUUGAUGGUGUCAGUUGCAUACAUGGACCCUGGUAACUACUCCACGGCAGUAGCUGCCGGCUCUGCUUUCCAGUACAAACUUCUAUUUUCCAUUUUUCUUUCCAACUGUCUAGCAGCAUUUCUUCAAACGCUAUCAGCAAAAUUAGGGGCGGUUACUGGGUUGGACUUGGCUGCCAACUGUAAGGAAAACCUACCGCACAGGCUAAACAUCUUCAUGUAUAUUUUGGCUGAAAUAGCCAUCAUUGCUACAGACUUGGCUGAGGUUGUUGGAACUGCUAUUGCCCUAAAUAUUUUGUUCAACAUACCUUUGGCUUUGGGUGUCGUCAUAACCGUGAUAGACGUGCUAAUCGUUCUCAUGGCUUACAGACCCAACGGUCCUCUCCUAUUCAUCCGCAUCUUUGAGUCAUUUGUAUCAGUUCUUGUUGGCGCAACAGUCGUAUGUUUUGCUAUCGAGUUAUUUCAAGUUGCAAAGGAGCCUUCAUUCUCCUUAAUUGAGGUUUUGAAGGGGUUUUUGCCGAAUGAAAAGGUUAUUGACACGAGUGAACGUGAAGGAGGUAAUGGCCUCUUUUUGAGUUUGGCAAUUAUGGGUGCUACAGUCAUGCCUCACUCAUUGUAUCUUGGGUCAGGCCUUGUACAAGCUAGGCUCAAGGACUUCGACAUCAAACACGGCUAUUAUAUCCCUCCAAAUGCCGUCGAUGAAUCUACUACAAGUGAUAGUCUAGAUGAUUCAGCGGUUCACCUCAACGGUGACGACUUCGCAAGUGCUGUUGGAGCAAAAGAAGAGGAAGAAUAUUAUAGACCCUCGGUGCACGCUAUCAAAGACACUAUGUCAUACACUAUCGCAGAACUUGUUAUCUCGUUAUUUACGGUAGCUCUAUUCGUCAAUGCCACCAUCCUAAUUGUCGCUGGAGCCACGGUAGGAACGCACAAGAAAAAUCACAUUCGUGAUCAUGAUGAUGGUGAUGACUCCGACUCGGAUGACGAGGGGGCUUCGAAUGCAGACUUGUACACCAUCUACAAUUUACUUUCCACUCAUCUUUCCAAGACAGCCGGCUUCGUUUUUGUCCUUGCACUCCUCUGCUCGGGCCAGUCGGCUGGCGUUGUUUGCACACUUGCUGGUCAGAUGGUGUCUGAAGGGUUCCUCCUGUGGAGUUUUCCACCUGUGAUUCGUCGACUCAUCACUAGAGCCUUGGCAAUUGCUCCCUGUCUCGUCGUUGUGAUGAUGACAGGAAGAGAAGGCCUAGCAAAGACUUUGAAUGCCUCACAGGUGGUCUUGUCCAUCUUACUCCCCGUUGUGACUGCCCCAUUGAUUUAUUUCACAUAUUCGAAGAAAAUCAUGAGCGUUCCAAUUUUGGUGAGAGAUGGCGAUGAAGACGUUGAUACCAUUUUCGAGGAGGAGGCAGCGAUAGGCGGUCUUUCUGAGACUGGCACACAAAACACAAUAGUUCCCCUGAGAAAUCGAUUCAAUGUUGGCGAGCCGGCAAUUAGAUUACAGGAUCUAAGGAAUGCUCAUCCAUGUGUUGGUUGGGAUGACGAAACAGAUGAUGAAAGUUACGAGCGCCAGAAUUUGGUGCUGCAGCAGAGCAGCUCUCAAAUUGCGACAGUCAUGGGACCUCGAAGAGGCCCUCACGAAUCCUUACCUGUAUCUCCGAACUUUGGCCCAAUGGAUGAGCCUUCUGAUGCCAUUCGUAUUAAGGGUUACAGUGAUAUGAGUAAUGGUCCAUGGAUGAACUUCUUUGCAAUAACGUCGUGGGCAUUUGUGACAAUCCUUAAUAUCAUACUAAUUGGAAGCUGGGUAUUAGGAUAUGAUGUCCCACUCUAA